GUCAGCCAGAGGGUGGAGUUGCUAGUCAAAUUUUCCCCACGACUUGAUGAAUCAGUUCCCCAGCAACUCAAAUACGCCGCUAGACUGGGUGGUAACGUGAACGUGUCUGUGUCAGUCCUGGCCUACCCCCCGCCUUCAUUCACUUGGAGUAGAACCAACAGCACCAGCCGGGACCUCACUGGUUCCUCCAGCCAGGUCUCAGACAUCUCAGUCACUGCCAGGCUACACCUUACUAACCUCCAGCAGCGGGACUUUGGGGACUACAGCCUUACAGUGAGCAAUCGUGUAGGCCGGUCGGUGGCAUAUACUGUCAGUCUAAAGGUCGAAGGGCCUCCGAGGACACCUACACAGUUCAAAUCUCUAGAAAAUGUAACAACGUCUUCGGUGUGGUUGUCAUGGCAACCUGGGUUCAAUGGCGGACAUCCCCAGUCUUUCAUGCUUGAAUAUCUUCAGUUUGUUACAAGAACCUGGACCGCGUACAACACGUAUGAUGACACUGGCAAGGUGAAAGUGGUGGAAGUGACGGGCCUAACGUCAGGAGAUAUUCACCUUUUCCGUCUGCAUAGUAGAAAUGCCUUGUCUAACAGUUCAUCUGUCGUCAUUGUGGAAACUGUGACUGCUGGGGAUCCUACAGACCAUCAGCAACUCGAUGCUACUUGUACAGAAGACAUAGUGGGGUCAACUGUAGGAACUCUGCUUGUCGCCUUGUUCAUUGGAGGAAUUGUUGUGAUGGUCCUCUACAGAAAGGGUUUCAGGUUCGGACAUGCCAUGAAAGGAACUGCAUCACAAAAAAGCACCAGUCGAGCUGAAGUUACAGAAAUGGACAACAUUGGCUAUUCUUCCUUGGAUGCAGUCAACACUCCGGCUCAGUACACAAGUUUGGAGGAAAAGGCACAAGAUAAACAAAAUUACUCACAGCUGAAGAUUUAUGAGAACACGAAAGAAGAUGCUCCAGCAGAUACGAGUACCUAUGAAGGCAUGGCAGAGACUCCCCCUGUGACCUAUGAAUCCAUCAACGCAUCUCCGGACCAGGACAGUGGCGGUCAACCACGUGAUGCUGACUAUGGAAAUAUCUGAAGAGGCAACAAUCCAUGCUAUGGCAUCAUCUUUUCAGUAAAGGAUUAUUGAACACUUGAUGUGGUGCUUUGCUUGGAUAUAUACACUCAUUCAUACUUGUUGACUUUAUCCAGAACAGAGAAACCAUUCACAUUUGUGUAGCUGUUGGUUCACCCACGAAAGAGAGGGAUACUCAAAGCAUGUUGGCUUUUGAUCAUGUCUGUUUACAUUUAGCAUUCCUCUUUCAUUGUAAAAUUCAGAUUACGUGAAAAGUACAUGUUUACAGGAUAAUGUAAUACAAGUCUAACUUUAUAUAUUAGAUUGAUAUAAAAAUAGGUCAAUAAAACUGUCGAUCGGUUUACAGACUACGGAGUCCACAUAUAUAUAUACACCUGAUUUUUUUUCGCUUUGCUUUAUGCUGAUGAUACAGCAUUAUUAGCGUCCACUGAUGAUGCAGAAAGAACAAUUUAGAAC